AUGGCGGUCGUUGCGGAAGCAGAGAACCAUAGUCCAAGAACAAAGCCUUCGCUUGGCGGAUGGAGAAACAUCCUCACCGGUCUGGUCUAUCACAAUGCCUGCACGCAAACACACGACGGCAGGAAAAGUAGAAUCACGCAGACCGUUGCGGUCGCGGACGCGGUCACCGGUGUCGUUCACGACCGGGCGGUGCAAGUGGAAUUCCUGCCCGAUACGCUCGACAGAAUUAUCGUGUCCGGUCGCUCUUCUUUCGAUACGACAGAGGCAAUCAAGAAAAUCGAACCGUUAUCGCAUCGAGAUGAUAGCAGAAUUCUCAACAGUGUUGUUAAAAUACAAAGAUGUUACAGAGCACAUCGAGCCAGAACAGCGGUCGGAACAAACGUUCUCGAAGAGAAUAACGUCCUUGAAUACGAUGCAACGAAUGUGAGCGAACGCGCGAAACAGUCCCAUGCGCUGUCCCUUUACAGCAAUACCGACUUCGUAAUAGUGAAUCGCUGCUUACCGCAGACCAAUUCGGAUUUCCAGUUGCUUUACAAUCUUCUCGAUCGUUGGCGAAUUCUCGAGACCGAGCGGACGAGUCGCAUGCCUCUCGGAACUUCGAGAAUCGCCGCUUGUGGCGUGAUCCUGUCAAAGGAGGUCAAACUGUUGCGUACGAUAAGCGCCAUGAAAAACGCCAUUCGUUUCAAGUGCAGGGAACGAAAGCAAUGCAGAUUCCUGGACGAGUUAUCCAGAUCGGUCGUCUGGCAGGAUAGUCGUGGUCGACCGAUUCAGAUGGACACUUUGCGCGUACAACGAGCUCGACAAUACCGAGACAUGUACACCUCGCUGGCCGACGAGGAUCUGCCUGUUCUGGAACGGAUCAAUCUGCUGCACAGCCUGAAACGCAUCGCCGAUAUGCACACAUGCGACCAGUCGCAAGAACUCAUUUAUUUGAUCGAUCAGGAACUGAAUCUCUUGAUGUGCGAUAUCGAUACGAGCAGACUCAUCUGGCUCAGGAAUCGACUGAGACUGAGUUUCCUCAAACUGGCGCGCAACGCUCUACAAGGCGACCUCGAAGAAGACGCGUAUCGAUUCGGUUGGUCGGAAACCAGUAUCACGCGACUCUGUCGGACCUGCGGUAGACUUUUACCACUUGAAAAAUUUCCGCGUGAACGGCGACUGCGAUCGUCCUCUUGCCUCUACUGCAUAUCCGUGCGGAUUCGACGGGAUCCCCGUGUCGUGUACGAACCUUACGAAAAGAUGCUAUUGGAAAUUAGACAAGACGAAGCCAAGUUGGGUUGUUACAGCAGUUUGGCCUUUGUCACCGGAAUCAAGGUGAUUUGUCGUUUGGUGAACGAAAUCUGGCAUGGCAAAUCCGGCAUCUCCGAAUGCGACAAUCUUGACGACCUGAAGCUGAUACGUUUCCGACGAGAGCUCGAAUGGGCGCCGUGGAAUUCUCUACUACUGACGAGAAACGAGGCCGCACGUUAUUACGACAUCGACGACAUCGAACGCUUCUACGACUCGGAACUCCUCUACAAAUUUUGUGUAAAAAAUCUACAAGCGAAGAUGCUCUUCCAGUCGAUGUCUCAAGCGCGAGGAAACACCAUGACGUCUUUCUCGAUAGAAGAUUAA